AUGGCGCAGGAGAGCUGUGAUCUCAACAAGGACGAGGCCGAGAUCCUGAAGCCAUCCUCCUCCACACCUUCGCCUCCUUCCCCAACCACACCACCACCACCAACCGCUCAAAUACCAGAACCGCAACCUCCACAGUCGCCACCACAACCACCGGCAGCUCAAUUCUUGUCCAGGCCCUGUGAAGUUGUUCACAUAGAGACUUCCAAAAAGAGGAAACAUGCUGAUGCGGUGUCAAUGGCCAUGGCGGCUGCGCCAUUGUCGCCUGUGCUGUUUGUUAACCGUUGCAACGUGUGCCGCAAGAGAGUUGGUUUGACCGGGUUUCGUUGCCGGUGCGAGAAGCUCUUUUGUCCGCGCCACCGGCAUUCAGAAAGCCACGACUGCUCAUUUGAUUAUAAAACUGCGGGCCGGGAGGAGAUUGCCCGGGCAAACCCUCUUAUCAGGGCUGCCAAGAUCAUUAGGAUAUGA